AUGUAGAUAUAUUAAACCCUUAUUUUAAUUAUAAGUGUGUUUGCCUCUCCUAUAACUCUAAAUGAACGUCGAUACUUUCAAGAUCAGAAUGGAGCAAUUAGAAUUUUUCAUGGAUUCAAUGUAGUUUAUAAAUAAGCACCUUAUCUGCCAAAGACAGAAGGGUUUGACUAUAUGGAGUCUUUUAGUGAAGAAGAUUGUUAAAUAUUAAGCAAGAAUGGCUUCAAUGUUAUUAGACUUCAUGUUUCAUUUGAAGGAGCGAUGCCAAAGAGAGGUGUAGUAGACGAAGAGUAUUUAGAUAAAAUUUUGAUGAUUGUGAGAAUGGCUGCGAAAUAUAAUAUAUAUGUUAUUUUAGAUGCUCAUUAAGACUUAUUUAAUAGGUAAUUUUGUGGAAAUGGAUUUCCUGAUUGGGCAAUUUAAAAAACCGAUUUUCCAUUUCCAAAAACGAUGUAAAUGAGAUUUGAUUCUAAAGGAUAUCCAAUAUUGGAUGAUUGUUAUUAGUAAAAAUUUAUUUUCUUUUAUUCUACUAAUGAUAUAGGAAGAAAUUUUGAAAUGCUUUAUUCAAAUACUAAUGGAUUAGCUGAUUAUUAUGGUUAGUUUUGGGAGAGAGUAGCAGAAAAACAUAAAAAUGAAUGGAAUGUUAUAGGAUAUGAAAUUAUGAAUGAGCCAGCUCCAGGGAAUUUCUAAAAUAGUAUGGUUGAUUAUAUAUGGCCAGGACAUGCAAAUAAAAAAUAUUUAAUUCCAUUCUAUUAACUUAUACAUAAUUAUAUUAGAAAAGUUGAUAAAGAAAAAAUAAUAUUUUUUGAGUCUGAUUUUCUUGAUGUUUUAGGAGCAGGUUUUGAUUAAAAUAUUGGUGGACAAGAAUAUGAAAAUAAAGAAGUAUUCAGUUAUCAUGUAUAUUGUGGAAUAGAGAAGAUUUCAUCUUUGAUAUGUAAUAGGAUUCAUUAAUUAAUGUAUUACUUAAAGAUGAGAAACGUUAAUGAUCUUAAAAUAGGAGGAUUUUUGACAGAAUUUGGAGCUGUUGGAGAUGAUUAAAAAUCUAAAGAUAUACUUGAUUUUAUUCUUGACAAAGCCGAUAGUUACUAAUAAUCAUGGACCUAUUGGUAAUAUAAAGGAUAUAAUGAUCAUACAACUAUGUCAACUAUGUAUGAGGAGGGUCUAUUUUAUGAAGAUGGAUCAUUUUAGUAAUUAAAACUUAGUGCAUUAAAAAGACCUUAUGCAUAUUAAAUCUGUACAGAUUUUAUAGAAACUAAUUAAUAUUACUCUGAAACUCGAGAGUUUUUUUUAUCUUUUAAGACAAAGGUAGGUUGUUAAACAAAAAUAUUUAUUCCUAAUGAGAUCAAUUCAUCAUAAGUUUUUGAUUAUAAAUGUUAAAAUUGUUAAUUACUUUUGAUUCAAGAAUAGCACUAUGAAGUAGUGGGAGAAGGAAAUAUUGAGUUAUAUUUUUAAUUAUGA